CUCCUGAUUAGAUUCGGCCCUGAAUCAACACAAGAGGUUUUCUUCUCAGACACAUCACAUAUCCCAACCAUGCCUUCCUACACUCUCCACUACUUCAACCACCGUGGCCGUGCUGAGAUCUGCCGUAUGCUGUUCGCAGCUGCUGGUGUCCAGUACAAUGACCGCAGGAUCGAAUCUUCCGAAUGGAGUGGCAUGCGCAGCCGAAUGCCAUGCUCUAUGCUGCCUAUGCUGGAGAUUGACAACAGGACCCAGAUUCCACAGAGUAUGGCAAUUGCCAGAUACUUAGCCAGAGAAUUCGGUUUCCAUGGCAAAAAUAAUAUGGAUAUGGCCAAAGUUGACUACAUCUCAGACUGCUUCUAUGAUAUCAUGGAUGAUUACAUGAGAAUGUAUUACGACAGAGAGGGAAGAAUGAUGUUUGAUAAAAUGUCUGACAUGCGCCAAAGAUAUUGUGACAUGGAUAGUAGACUGGGACUUGAAUCACGCUCAGAGAUGCGCAGCGAAAUGCGUUCCGAAAUGCGCAGCGACAUGCGUUCCGAUAUGCGCGGCGAUAUGCGUUCCGAUAUGCGCGGCGAUAUGCGUUCCGAUAUGCGCGGCGAUAUGCGUUCCGAUAUGCGCGGCGAUAUGCGCGGCGAUAUGUGCGGUGAUAUGCGUUCCGAUAUGUGCGGUGAUAUGCGCGGUGACAUGCGCGGUGACAUGCGCGGUGACAUGCGCGGUGACAUGUACGGUGACAGUAUGAGCGAUAGCAGAAUGAUGGAAAUGCGCAUGAGAUUCCAGGAGACCUGUCGCAGAGUUCUUCCAUUUUUAGAGAGAUGCUUGGAGAUGCAACACGGUGGAAACCAAUUCUUCCUGGGUGACCAUAUGACUAUGAGUGAUAUGAUGUGCUACACAGCUUUGGAGAAUCCCCUGCAAGAGAACCCAUCAUUCUUGAACAACUACCCGAAAUUGAGGGCUCUGAGAGACCGAGUAUGCGCUCACUGCAAAAUCAGUCCAUAUAUUAAGAGACGUCACCAAUCCUCUUUCUAAAUCGUUAACCACAAACAUAUCGACUUCUCCCUAUGAAACCCCUAGAUAUUACACUGUAAACGAAGAACAUGGACAUUCAAAUUUGGAAACCUAAAAAAACCGAGACCGUUCCCUUUGAGUUGAAUUGAAGUGAUGUGUCACGUGAAUUAUGUGAGAAUUGAUGAGAAAACGCAAGCCGAUGCAUGAAAUCUUACUGACGUUUUCUUUUCCAAUUAGUCGCAAUAAUUUUUAGUAGGACGCUGCACAUUCCUACACAGAAGCAUCUGUAUACAAAACGUAUUUGUACAGUGGCAUCUCUGUAAAUGUUGUAAGUUAAUUAUAAUAAUAAUGAUAAUAAUAAUUACUAUAUGCAUAUACCAUAAAUAAUUAUUAUUAUAUUAUAAUGUUAAGAAGAAUAGUGUUAUUAAUAAAAAAA